UAAACAUCCCCAAAAUGAGAUGUGGGCAAUUGGCCGAGUCCUUGGGGAACAAAUGCCGAUCAUUCUAUCCUUGUAGAUCUAAUUGGCGGCGGGCAAAAUUGUUAAGCUCCUUUGACUACGCCGACGCCCUCAGUAAAUCCAUCUUGUUCUUCGAGGGGCAGCGGUCAGGGAAGUUGCCGUCGAACCAACGCCUCCGUUGGAGGGGAGACUCUGCCUUGACUGAUGGGUGCACUGCACAAGUUGAUCUUGUAGGAGGGUACUACGAUGCUGGGGACAACGUUAAGUAUGGCCAGCCAAUGGCGUUCACAAUCACACUUCUAUCUUGGGGCGUUAUUGAGUUUGGCGAUUUGAUGGGAGAUCAAAAAAAGUAUGCCGAAGAGGCAAUCGCAUGGGGCACGGACUAUUUGUUGAAAGCAUCAGGAGACAUAGAGAGCAAAGGAGUUCUAUAUGUCCAAGUAGGUGACCCUGGUCUGGACCACCCAUGUUGGCAGAGGCCAGAAGACAUGGACUCAAAGCAGCGACCAGUGUUCUCAGUUUCCGCAGCGUCUAAUGUUGCAGGUGAGACGGCUGCAGCACUGGCGGCCGCUUCCAUCGUCUUCGAAAAAUCCAAGCCUGGUUAUUCCAACACCUUGCUCCAAAGGGCAAAAGUUGUGUUUGAUUUUGCUGAUAAAAACCGGGGUUCAUUCGACUCCAGUAUGUACCACUCCUCGGGAUUCACUGAUGAGCUUAUAUGGGCCGCAUCUUGGCUACUCGGUGCAUCCGGGGAGAGUUUCUAUCGGAAUUACGUAACUUCAAACUAUCAAACAUUGGCUAAUAACGGCGACAUGAAUUCCUUCAGCUGGGACGACAAAAUACCUGGAGUCAACAUUUUCCUGUCCAUUCUCGAUAUGAAGCAUGGUAAAAGUGAUUUUGCGAACUCCAGAGGCCUCGCAGACAGCUACGUUUGCUCUUUAAGUAGCAAAGAAACACCAGGGGGGCUAUACUACUUAUAUGAGGGGAGCAAUCUCCAAUACGUGACGGCAUCAUCUCUCCUGGUAGUAAUAUAUGCAACCCACCUGAAGUCGGCUGGACUAGAUGCGGGUUGCGGUGAUCUGAUCCAGAAUUACGCGAAGAAACAGGUGGACUACAUACUCGGGCAAAACCCGGCAGGAAUGUCGUACAUGGUCGGGUUCGGGUCACGUUACCCGGUACGUGUGCACCACAGGGGCUCUUCUAUUACGUCGGUGAGGAAGAAUUCUGGUGUCAUCGGCUGCAAUAAUGCUGCCCUGGACACAAAUGAUCCGAACCCGAACAUCCUUUUCGGAGCCGUUGUGGGCGGUCCGGAUAGCAAUGAUCAAUACAGGGAUGACAGGACAAACUUUGGCCAAUCUGAGCCGGCAACCUACAUCAAUGCCCCACUGGUUGGAGUUCUCGCCUACUUUUCUGCUGCAUAAACGCAUUCAUACUCACACAUACAUCCAACUUAUUAAACAUCCGUCCUCUUCCGGGCGGGUGGGGUGGAUCUUUUAAUAUUUCACAUUUAUAUGUAUGAAUCUUUUUGUUUUCCUGCUAAUAAUAAGUACCGUAGUAAUAACUUUUGAC